AAUACAACUUAUUGCAUAUCAAUAUCAUUCUAACAAUAAUUAUUCUAAUGCAGAAUAUCCAAUUCAUAUUAAUUUGAUUGUAGCUGUUUGGUGUUUUUACAAUAUCGCAAAAAAUCGAUUUAAAUUUAUAAUACAAGAGCUCUGGGCAGUACUCGGUGCGAGUGGUACGUUACUGAAGCAGUACCAAAGAAAUGUCCGGUUCUGGAGUGAUUUUAAUCUUGAUUCCGACCGAAAAACACGAGAAAUGCUUGUUACAGAAGAAGAAAAAGGUGACCAUAGACGAAAGGCCCAUGUCGCCUACAGGAUCGGAGCUUAAGAAGGUGGAGAGUACUCAUCCAGAUUACCAGUCAAUGGAAAAGAUUAUUAAGUUAACUUUGGAACAGUUAGAAAUAUCAAACACGACAUGGACUAAAACAGACGACAAGAACCACUAUCAAAUCAUGUUCCCCAUCGAAUGCGGUACCAAAUGCGAAGAUAUGCUUGAGAUUUUGAGAGAACACGAUAUUGGCAAAAAGCUCAACUCAAAAAUAAGCGUUAUGCCUUGUUCAAUCCACUACCAUGGUAACAGCUUAAAUGAAAAUGAAGAAUUCUUAGAGGAUGAAACGAUUUUAGAUAAAGAAAAUGAAAUAAAGAACAGCGGUUGGAACAUAUUCGUUUCAUCUGUCAAAUCCCGUUUGACAGUUGCCCAGGUUGUGGAGAAUGUUAGGGUCCAUGCAGCUAUAACCUUUGACUUUAUAAUGUUGUUGUUGAUUUCCACAACUUUAUGUGCUCUUGGAUUGGUAGAAAAUGACAAAAUUUGCAUGUUGUCAAGUAUGCUGAUAUCUCCUAUGAUGGGUCCUGUAAUGGCUGGUACAUUUGGGACAGUCAUCAGAGACAAACACCUCCAAAAAAUAGGAGUAAGAAAUGAACUGAUAGGUUUGGGCAUCGCCACACUUGUAGGAUUCUGUUAUGGUUCGAUUAUAUGUGUCAUAACUGACAGAUACGGUACUUCAGAUUGGCCUACCUACGAAAUGUACUCCAGGGGAGUUUUAAGAUCUUUAUGGGUAGGAGCCUUGAUAGCUCUAUUAUCUGGAGCAGCGGUAGCCUUAGGAAUUCUCAGUGAUAACAUAGCAUCUCUAGUCGGCGUUGCCAUAUCUACAUCCUUGAUGCCACCGGCUGUCAAUGCGGGCCUGUUAUGGUCCCUGGGGUUCGUCUAUUACCUGAAAGGGGAUGUUUCGAGUAGAUACACCUCUAUAACACACACAGAUUAUUAUUCGAAUGAGAGCUUUACCGAAUUGCUGACUUUGGGAGCUGUCAGUAUUUGUCUGACGUUUGUGAACAUCGUUUGUAUCUACGCAGCCGGGAUUCUAGUAUUUAAGAUUAAAGAAGUGGCACCAAACUCAUCAAAAGACCAAGCUAGACGCAACUUUUGGAAGCACGACAUUAAAGAAACGAGAAACUAUAACAAAACCUUCCACAACGACUCCUUCAACUACUACCAAACCUUGCUAAACAGUCGCAAACUGGGCGACAUGUUGCAUUUCUCCACAGAUCUCUCCAAGGAGAACUUCAGAGAGAACAUUAAGAGGCCCCAGUACACUUGGUCACCUUGCUCCAACUUGAUCAACUCGAAAAACGAGUCUACGCCUUCGAAAUUGUUGCAUAUACCCAUAAUGAAGACAAGAAAUGAAAGUUACAAUGGCCAGUACAGGAGAUUGUCCCAGAUAUUUCCUAGAAGUUCCGAUGCGGAGGAAAACUUGAAGGUUAUCAAGGAAAAAGUGUCGGAAAAGUCACCGUUACUUAAAUCUGGAGGGUCGGGAGGAUCGGGGAUGUCUAUCGGGAGAAAAUUCAUUGUUACCCCGUGUCAGGUGGAGACUACCCCGUUGCUGAACGUCUGAAAAGGUUUCUUUUUUGUUUAUAGAUAGACUGAUUUUAUUUUUAUGUAUAUUUUUUUGAAUAAAGUACAAAUAUUUUGUUUUAAA